UGAAAAAUAUGGUUUGGUUAUUUUUCCAAGAAAAUUGUUUGACAGUACGUUUUCAACUUUCAUAUCAAGAAAAUCAGAAUAAGCUGAAAAAUUUGUAUAUUUUCAGCAAAUUUUACUAUGAAAAAUAGAAUUUCAUGAAUAUAUACACCAAAAAAGUUAACCUUACCAUAUUUGUUUUGGAGGCAUGUGGUGUCAAAUACUAAAUAGCAUUUUCAGUUAUUUUCACAUGAUUGUAUAUAAGCAUUAACGAACUAAAUUUCUGUUUGUGUUGAAUAAAAGUGCUGUGGAACUGUUUUAUUGAGCAUACAGAAUAUAUGAAGUAAGAUACUAAAAGUACAUAGCAUUCCCAUCUAGUGUUAAAGUGUUGCAUCAAUUUUUAUGGGUCUUUGUUUCAGUAACUGCAGUUCUAAUGGAACUUAUGAUGAGGGAACCAAACUAUGCCAACCACAAGCAUUGAUCAACCCUGUCUCCUUCACAAAUAUUUUGUCCUCGGCUAAAAGAGAACAAAUCGGCACAUUGAAGGCCAGUAGCUUGCCACCCGUAGUAUAUAAGAGAAUAAGGAGAACCACAAUGGCGGCCAUGUUUCCGUCAAUGAAUUACCUCAAGACAAUAGUAAGCAAAAAUAGGAACAGACACAGAGAACAAGGAUUCGAUCUUGAUUUGACUUAUAUAACUGACAGAAUUAUAGCAAUGGCGUAUCCCGCCGAACGUGUGCAAUCUAUAUUUAGGAACCACCUCAACGACGUCUACGAUUUUCUUGAGAUGAAACACAAAGACCACUAUUAUAUCUAUAAUCUAUGUUCGGAAAGAUCCUACGACAAGGCCAAAUUUUGCAAUAGAGUUAAGGUAUACCCAUUCGAUGAUCACAAUCCACCGAGUUUUGUUAUAAUAGAAUCAUUCUGCAAAGAUGUGCAUCAAUGGUUAGAGGCCGACCCGAAAAAUGUGAUAGCCAUUCAUUGCAAGGCCGGUAAAGGAAGAACCGGUACCAUGAUCUGUUGUUAUCUGUUACACUGUGGUUUGUAUAAUAAUGCAGAAGACGCACUCAAAUUUUACGGAUCUAUGCGUACCCAAGAUGGCCAAGGGGUCACGAUACCUAGCCAGAUAAGGUACGUGAAGUAUUAUGCACAAUUCUUGAAGGAAAAUUUGACUUACGUUCCGAAGCGUUUGUAUAUAAGGAAAAUACAUUUGAAGCCAGCCCCCAAGUUCUCAGAGCCUGUAUUAGUAACUGUCAAACAGAAAACAUUUUUAGAAAAUCCUAGGAACAUCAAACUAUGUUCCAAAGAAGCAAAAGGUGACUGUAAAAAAAUUGAUGAAAAUAGUGAUGUAGGAGAAACUUCAAGGACUGAAGAAAGUUACGAGGGGAAAUACCACGAGAUGACUCUGGGAUUCAAAAGCCGCACUUUCAAUUUCCGCACAAGUGAUCCGGAGGUUUCGCUGGAUUUCAAAGUUCCUUCGUCCUUAAGCGGUGACAUAAGAAUAGAAUUAUUUUACCGAUCGCCAGUCUUCACGAAGAAGAAGAGAUUCGCACGGAUUUGGAUCAAUACAUUCUUCGCCGCCCUAAACGGCGUUACGAAAGAUAACAACAUUAGAAAUCUCAUAUUCAAGAAACACGAAUUGGACAUAGUCGGAAAAAAGGAUAAGAACAACAGGCAGUUGUCGGAAGAUUUCGAGUUGACUGUCGAAAUAAAACUACCGUCCCAUGAUGAUGAAACCAGAGACUCGUUGGAUGGAUCGACAAAAGAGGGAGAGAUAAGGGGUUCUGUAACUUCGUUAUACGAAGAUAGCUCUGGAGCGGAGGAUGAUACUGAUGAUGAUAAUGACUGGGAAUCUGCUCUGGAGAAGCGAUUGCAAGACCCUGAAGGUGUUGGAUACAGAAUCUUAUCGGAGUGCGAAAUAUCGCAACUAUUGAGUAACGGUGAUUACCAAGUGGGAUAGAAUACGUCUCUUAAACUUAUCUGAGAACAAAAACUUGUUUAAAAUAAGUUUUGUAAAUUUUUGUACUAGUUUUCUAUAGACUGUACCCGUAAUUUAUUACAAGGAUCUGAAGUGAGGAGGUUUCUUUAAAUAUUGGGAGCUGGAUUCACCUAGUAGCGUUUUUUUUUCAAAUAAAUUCAUUGUUUUCAGGCAUAACCUAAAACGAAACAAUUUUUUUUUUAAUUUGACAAUUGUCAAGGGUUUUGACAUAAAAUCGGCAGUUCCAACUCAAAGACCCCAUUAACAGGUUUGACGAGUUAACUAACGGAGUUCCUCAGUGAGCUUGACUUUGCUACCUCUGCGUCAUCGGCUUUGAAAUGUAUUCUACCUACUUUCUAUACUUUGGAAAAAUUGACGUUUACCGUGGUGAUUUUAAAGAUAACGAAGUAGUGUUAAUAUUUACUCUUCAAUCAAUCCACCCAUACUGAGAUUGACGCCCAAAAACAGCUGCUUUAGGUUGAAUGACCAAUAGGGUGAUAGGAAUAAUACACUACCUUCGCCAAUUCUUCUACAAACGCUACGAAUCAAAUCCAGCUUCCAAUAUAGAAGUCAGAAGUACAGGAUGCUCUUUCGAAGACGAAUUAAUAGAAAACGCUUCAAGAUAUUCUUAUUCAAAGUCAACACAGAACAAUAUUUUGUUUUUCGGCAACAUCGUUUUCACCAUUGGCAUCUUGUGUUUCAUAAGAAUUAAAAAUUUCAAGUGAAAUUCUUCUCUGGAAGGGCUUCUUUAGCCCAAGAAAUAUUUCAUUUUAUGAAUUACGUUGAAAAUAAUGGAUUUCUGUAAUUCAUAUUUUUUUCGUACAAGUCUUAAUGGAUUCACAUUAUUAUUGGAAAUUAUGGAUGCUAGACCAUUAAAAGAACUUGCUUUCUUUAUCGAAGUCGAAUACCUUCUCGAAAUUUUUUAAUAAGGCCUUUCAUUUAAAAAACCAAGUAUUUCUCUUUCAACUAGAUACAAACUUUUUUUUUAAGUACCUAAAAGAAUAGGUAUACAUUGUAAGUAGUUUGGGGGGUGGUAUUUUCAAGAUUAUUCUUCAUUGUGUAAAGAACUACUAGCAGUAUUUUGACUGUAACAUACAGACACCAACAUAUGUGGAAACAAUAAUUCCAAAGAAUUAACAUAAACUGCAGGUAUUAGUAGUUUGUAGGGGAUAUUAGAUGGGUUUAGGAUCCUGCAGAAUAGUAGAGAAGGAUUCCCGCUUGUGAGGACAGGUAGCACUGGUGAGAAGUAUAUGAUUACACUUUUAUUAGAAGGAUCAGAUCCUCAAAGGGUCUAGUCGUAGUAGUAACAUUUGAACUUCCCGAAUGUCGCUUUCGUAAGGGUCUUGCGACCAAGCAAUACCACCUUGAACAUAGUUUUGUAGGUAGUGUUGGUCCAAGUAGAGAUAAUAAUCGCCACGUUGCACUGAGGACGUGAUAAUGAUCUCGAAAUCGGUAUAUAGAAUUGGUGGUUUAGAUUAUCCUUGAAUUACCUAGAUUGAUUUAUUGACUACAGGAAACAAUAAUUCUUUGGAAUUAAUGUUGCCACAUUUGAAAGUCGGUAUUUCAAGACAGAACUUAGUUUUGUACAUACUAUUGUCUCAAUUACGUACCCAAAAUUAUUUUAUUUACUAAUCAUUAUACUCACUCAUUAAAAUAUGCAGUAAUUCGUAGUAUGACCUGACCCAUGUAUUUUCAACUGAAUAAAUUGUUAUUCUUCGUAAACAUAA